AUGGCGAAUCGAGGUGCGAAUGGUUGUCCUCCGAUAGGACUAAAUGUGAAUUUCGAGAGAAAUAAAUAUAGGUUGGUGUUUUUCGAAAAAAAAAUCUUUAAAGCGAAAACAACAAUUUUCAGACAAACAAUGCCGAAUGCGUUCCGACCACCUAACACUCCGGACCAUCGAAACAAGCGUUUUCAAGAUAAUUCCUCGCCAACCCAAAGUUUCGUCUCAACAGCCACCACCUAUGAGCAACCAUGGUCGUCUCCACAGUUCAAGCCACCUCAGGAGCCACGUUUCAGGCGGACCAAUUCAAUGGCAGUGAAAAAGAAGGAGGAGGUGGAGCAGCAGCGUCCGAAAAUCAAUUUCAUGGAGUUGGGCAAGAAAAUCACCAAUAAAUUCAAAAAAAAUCAGAAAAAUGAUAAGAAAGCAGCAGGAGGAUCAGCAGAUAAUCGAGAUAGUCGUCUCUCAGCUCCGAUUAUCAAGCUCGGCGAAGGAUCCACGUCAUCAGCCUCCUCGCUUCCAGCCACCACGUCGUCUCCAACCAAAAUUAUCAAACCAACGACAAGUGUGAAGAUGCAACCUGAGGAUCGUAUGAAAAUGUUCCAAAAAAUGGGCAGAGAGCAAGCGAUGAAAGUGAGCAAUGUGCAACGGAUGCAGCGGGAGCGUCAGAGGGACUUCUCCCUGGUCCCUGGCCCUGGAAAAGCAUGCCUUUUGGGCUCUAACCAAAGUAUAGACAGUGUUUUCGUUUGCAAUAACUCUCCAGACUCCAGAAGAAGCACGUCGCUAUCGAUGACUGAUGAUGACGUGGAACCUGUAUUCAGGAAUGCAAUGACUAACAAAAAAGUGACCAGUGCGCAAUUCAAUAAGCUUUCCAAUGAAAAUUCCAGUGGACCUAGCUUCACGAGCACUCCUCGAUUGGUGGGAAGCACUGGAUUACAAGCAGAUUCUCCGACGAUUUCCCAUGUUAGAAGUGCCUCCGAAGCGUCUUACUGUAUGAUGACGUCUUCUGAACACCCCACAAUGUACUAUUCUGCGGAUACAUUGAAUAAUUCGCAGCAUAUAAGACACUUCAUGCCUCCAAGAUCUGACGUCUCCUUGGCAUCCACCGCUUCAACGCCGACAGCUCCAGAUCCGACGCCUCCGUUGAAAAAGGUGAAGCAGGAGAUCGAGGAGUCUAGCAAUCCGACGCCACCUCCGACGGCUGACAGUACCCUAUGGAUGGUCUCUAAAGACAUUCGAGAGAAUCAGCUGCAACUCGAACGCGCCGUGCCACGUAUGGAAUCGAUGCGGAAUCGAGCGAUCGCGAUUGAUCAGCAGAGAGUGGUGUUGUUGAACGAGAAGGGUGAUAAGCCGAGUGACGAGGAUGUACUUUUCACGUCCAAAAAUUCCAAAAAUUUGCAGCUACGCCGCUUGUGGAGUCUCGACCGCGAACUGCUCCACGUCAACAACGAAAUGUCAAUGGCGUCGAUGGCGAUUCAGAAUGCGAACAACGUGCUACCGUAUCUCGAAAUGCGUCGAAACGAGCUGCUCGCCGGCUCCCCACCGCCACCACCACUUCAAGCUGGAAGUUUUGUCUAA